CUUCCCCCAAGGCCGACCUUCUCAUGGCCUCUGACCCCCUCCUCCUUCCCAUCCUACUUUGCCGGGUGCACCGGGUGUCCAGCGAACCCCUUUCCCAAACCUUCAGGGAGAAGGGAGGUGGGAGGAGGCAAAGAAACUACAGGCAGGGAGCUGGAAAGGGGGGUGGGGGGGUGGGGGGGCAGGAGACAAGAAAUCAAGACACCAGGCAGCGGGACACACACACACUCACAUACAGUCACACACAUAGAGGCCAACAGAGAGACAGCUACCUAAAGCCUGAAAGACUGACAGCAACACAGAAAAAGAAACAGACAGAAAGAGAGACAAAGACAGAAAUAGAAACAGACUAACACGCAGAGUCAGAAAUACAGACAGAAAGACACGGAGAAAGAGAAACAGAAAAUUAGACACCAAAGGCAUACGAACAGGGAGGAAGGCCGACUCAAAGAAAGACGGAGAAGAGGAGAGAGAAGCCAGGGCCGAGCGUGCCAGCAGGCGGAUGGAGGGCGGCCUGGUGGAGGAGGAGACGUAGUGGCCUGGGCUGAGCUGGGUGGGCCGGGAGAAGCGGGUGCCUCAGCGCGGGGGUGGGGGCAUGGCAGGGGCAGGCAUUCUGCUGCUGCUGCUGGCUGGGGCGGGGGUGAUGGUUGCCUGGAGACCCCCAAAGGGAAAGUGUCCCCUGCGCUGCUCCUGCUCCAAAGACAGCGCCCUGUGUGAGGGCUCCCCGGACCUGCCCGUCAGCUUCUCUCCGACCCUGCUGUCACUCUCACUCGUCAGGACUGGAGUCACCCAGCUGAAGGCUGGCAGCUUCCUGAGAAUUCCGUCUCUGCACCUGCUCCUCUUCACCUCCAACUCCUUCUCCGUGAUUGAGGACGAUGCGUUUGCGGGCCUGUCCCACCUGCAGUACCUCUUCAUCGAGGACAAUGAGAUUGGCUCCAUCUCUAAGAAUGCCCUCAGAGGACUCCGCUCCCUUACACACCUAAGCCUGGCCAAUAACCAUCUGGAGGCCCUCCCCAGAUUCCUGUUCCGAGGCCUGGACACCCUUACUCAUGUGGACCUCCGCGGGAACCCGUUCCAGUGUGACUGCCGCGUCCUCUGGCUCCUGCAGUGGAUGCCCACCGUGAAUGCCAGCGUGGGGACCGGCGCCUGUACGGGCCCCGCUGCCCUGAGCCACAUGCAGCUCCGCCACCUCGACCCCAAGACCUUCAAGUGCAGAGCCAUAGAGCUGUCCUGGUUCCAGACGGUGGGGGAGUCGGCACUGAGCGUAGAGCCCUUCUCCUACCAAGGGGAGCCUCACAUUGUGCUGGCACAGCCCUUCGCCGGCCGCUGCCUGAUUCUCUCCUGGGACUACAGCCUGCAGCGCUUCCGGCCCGAGGAAGAGCUGCCCGCGGCCUCCGUAGUGUCCUGCAAGCCACUGGUGCUGGGCUCGAGCCUCUUCGUGCUGGCUGCCCGCCUGUGGGGGGGCUCACAGCUGUGGGCCCGGCCCAGUCCCGGCCUGCGCCUGGCCCCAACGCAGACCCUGGCCCCACGGCGGCUGCUGCGGCCUAAUGACGCCGAGCUCCUGUGGCUGGAAGGGCAACCCUGCUUCGUGGUGGCCGAUGCCUCCAAGGCUGGCAGCACCACGCUGCUGUGCCGCGACGGGCCCGGCUUUUACCCGCACCAGAGCCUGCACGCCUGGCACCGGGACACGGACGCUGAGGCCCUGGAGCUGGACGGCCGGCCCCAUCUGCUGCUGGCCUCGGCUUCCCAGCGGCCAGUGCUCUUCCACUGGACUGGUGGCCGCUUCGAGAGACGCACAGACAUCCCUGAGGCCGAGGAUGUCUAUGCCACACGCCACUUCCAGGCUGGUGGGGACGUGUUCCUGUGCCUCACACGCUACAUUGGGGACUCCAUGCCUCACAUGCCGACCUUUGAACCAGGACCCCACCCCACACUGAUGCCAAGACUCUGACCCCCUCAAGGCUGGCUGACUCUGAACCACUCCCCAGUCCCCGACACUGACGCUGGCCCCAACACCCUGAUUCUACCCCCAGAUGCUGGCUCUGUGACUCGGAUGCAUUCCAGACUUCACCACAGCCACAACUGUCCCCACCCUGACACUGAGCCCCCAAGGCUGAUGCUGGGGUUAAGCCCUGCCCACUCUCUUUCUGGAGUGAGGUGCAGACAGGGGAGGGUUCUGAGUCUGGAAGGGCCCUGAUCUGACUCAGGUGUUCACAAGGUCUCUGGGUGGGGAACAGACUGGGGGAGCAGGGAGAGGAGCCUAGAGACCAGGGAAGAGGCUGCCAGAAUGGUCCAGUCGGGAGGGGAAGGAGUUCAGCCAGAGGUGGUGGGAGAAAUGUACAACUAUAGAAGGUGAAACUGACAGAGUCCAUGGCUGAGUGCUUCUGUGUGGGGCGUGAGGGCAAGGGAAGGGCUCAGAACUGCUUGUGUGUGGACGAACAGGUGGGUGGUGACCUUUAUGAAGAUAAGAAAGCUAUGGGAGUUUGGGGACCGACAGGCUUCUGCUUCCAAGCUGUUCCAGGGCCCCCAGAGACUCCCGGGACCCCAGGCCCUCACUGGCCACACCCCCACAGGUCAUGCGCUGGGACGGCUCCAUGUUUCGUCUGCUGCAGCAACUUCCCUCGCGCGGUGCCCACGUCUUCCAGCCACUGCUCAUCGCCAGGGACCAGCUGGCCAUCCUAGGCAGCGACUUCGCCUUCAGCCAGGUCCUCCGCCUUGAGCCUGACAAGGGGCUCCUGGAGCCACUGCAGGAGCUGGGGCCCCCGGCCCUGGUGGCCCCGCGUGCCUUCGCCCACAUCACUAUGGCCGGCAGACGCUUCCUCUUUGCUGCUUGCUUUAAGGGCCCCACACAGAUCUACCAGCAUCACGAGAUCGACCUCAGUGCCUGAGACCACCAACCAGACUCUGGCUGGGCAUGGCUGGGGCCCCUGGACGGCCCCUUGGCUAGCCCCUGGCCCCACUUGGGGUGAUGGCCCGCUUGUGAGCUGCUGACCAUGGGCCACGUUCAUCAGCCGCACGUCUAGGCCUUAAGCUCACUUCUUAAAGGAUCUGCACCCGCGGGGGGACACAGAGGGUCCCAGCCUACUGGAUCUCCCGAGCUGCCCUUCAGGUCUAAAGCAACAUCUGGACAUCUCGGCUGGGGCAGAUUCCCCAUCAAAGGCAACCUGGGGGGUGCAGGCUGGUGCACUGCAUGGAGUCGAGGUGGAGGUCACGUGCAGAGCUCCAUGAGGUCCGGAAGCCCCCCUCUCAACCCGCUCCCACCCCCGCUGGUCCCUCUGAAAGCACUGAGGGGUUGAUGGCAUUCCUUUCCCAUUCUAAACUCCACGCAGCCAGUCGCUUUCCUAGAGAAGCGCCAACCUCGAAGACAACUCAGCGCUGGGCGGGGUCCCCUCUGCUGCUUGUGCGCAUGCGUGCGGCCGCCCAGCAAGCUGUACCUCUUGCGCCUCUUGCGCGUGCGCGGGGCACAGGGAGGAACAGCGGGAGGUGUCGCGGGGAGCCCGGUGCCCUCCUGGAUGGGCGACGGAGGCAAGGACAAGAAGAGUCCGAGCUCAAUAAAUGCGCUGUGCACCCUCCC